GCUUCCGUACGCGAAGCAUACACGGUGAUCCCAAAGGAACCCCGUCACUCCCGUUCAUUCAAAGUCGAAAAUCAAGAAAACAUCACGAUGUCUGACAGAAACAACACCAGUGUCUAGAAGAAUGUUCUAAUUCCAAGAACCCACGAAUGAUCAUCAUUUCAACUUCUGUCGCUCGGUUUCGUUCGUUUAAAUGAGAUGACAAUAGGUUGAAAGGAUCUUCGAUCGCAGGAUUGCAAUUGUUACAAAUAAAGAAAAAGACGGAAGAGAAGAUUACAAGAAUGACUGCAUACACCAGUUUCCAACAGUACGACCUGCUAGAUUCCGAGGGCUACGGGUCAGCCAGUAGCCCGGAGUCGAAUCCUCGCAGUUGGACCCACCCGGAGAUCUACCCUCAGCCACCGAGAUCCAGAGGAAGUAGUUGUGGUAGUGUGAGUUCCAUCGAUUGUCAGAACCGUGAGUACCAAGAGAUCGGUGCGACGAAUGGUAGCUUUCACGUGACAGCCACCGGCUUCAACUUCACCGAGUUCUACGAGGGUUACUACCAGGAGGGUUGCCGAAACGACCAUCAAAUUAGUCAUCCUAAUAACCCUAGAAUCGUGAAGGAGCACGGGAAGAUGUACAGGAUGAACGAGUGCGUGGAAAAUUACGACGGUGUACCAGGUCGGACCGAGUUCUCCAACGAGGUCCCAUCGGUCAGACAGAACCCGGACGUCUCUACCAAGGUGGAGCACAACGUCUUCGGUAACAGCAGGUGCGAUUUUGUCCAGAAUCAAGAGAAUUUCUUUCCUUCGAAGAGUUACGGUGUCCCGAAAGGUGAUGGUUUUUUGGCUAGGAAUAACGGCAAUCCUUAUGGGCAACGAAGCGACGUUCUUUAUUUGGGCGCCGCGUACAGCGUGCACAGAAAUGAAAAUUACAUUCAGAAUAACAACCAGAGUGGUAAAUGCGAGCCGUCCAGGUAUCAGAAAAACGACGCUCUUCACGUGUCGUCGAUGGAGUACGGUGGACAGAAGAAGGAUGCUAUGCAGAAGAUCAAAAAUGGCACGCCAGGGAUCGAGGUGUUGAGGAAGAGGAGAUUGGCGGCCAACGCUCGUGAGAGAAGAAGGAUGAAUAGUUUGAACGACGCGUUUGAUAGACUCCGAGAUGUUGUGCCCAGCCUCGGUAACGACAGAAAGCUCAGCAAGUUUGAGACUCUACAAAUGGCGCAGACUUAUAUCGCUGCAUUGUACGAGCUGCUACAAAGGGAGUGAGCAGGAGGAUGAAACUCUUGGAGAUCAAAUCGAACACCGCUGACUAUCUGUGAAUAAGGUACUUCCUUUUCGAGAUAAUCGAGGUACUACUUGAAGUAUUCCAAGUUAAAAAAAGGAUUCGAGGCUGAGGUUUCAUUGGUGUGAUUUCGAAAUGGUACUUUUCGUAUUACUUGAGAAAUGGUACUUUUGUACUGUUUUUUGAGAGAAUAUGCGGACGUUGCCAAAAUAUAAGCAUCUCGAAGUUUCUAUUCCUUUCAACUGGGAUCUUCUGAAUUACGAAUGUCAUCGAGACGGAUAAUGGUCCUUUAGAACGAACAUCGAUGGUCCAGCUACCAAUGGACGACAUAAACCAGAUUUCACGUGGUCCACAACAUUAAUUGACAGAUAAGUGGUAUGCUAUUGGAAAAAGUAUAUAAGCGUUGUUAAUAAUCUUAAAUCUAAAAUUUUGUAUUUGAAAAGUAUUAUGGGCUAUCGGUGACCCAUAUGGCAUGGAACGUGUUAACUCUCGGACGGCGGACUAAGACUAAUUUUAGUAUUUUCUUUAUAUUCAUUUUCAAACUUUUCAACUAAUCCUUCGGAUAUUCAAAUGGAGAAGCAUCCUUUUAGGGGUGUGAGGCAUGACUGAUUCACCACUGCCGUUCGAUGGUUAAUAUUUAAAUUAAAUCUUAACAUUUUGACGACUCUAAUUAAUUUCUUGUGUUAUUAUGAAAAAAUAGUAAUUUCGUAGUGUACAUUAUAGAAGCUGUGAAAUAUUUUUAUUUUAAAUAGUAGAAGGAACCGAAAAUUAAAAAUAUCUUACA